UAAUUUAUAAUGUAAAAUUAUAAUGGGAAUUCUGUUUUGUUAAUUUUACGCUAAUUAAGGCGGCUUAGUAAAAAGAACUAAUUUAAGUCUAUUUUUAUUAUUAUUUAUUUUAUUAUUUUUUAUUUGUCCAUUGUUUUGUCAUGUAGUUUGUUUUUUUUUGUUUUGUGUUUUCUUAAUUGCCUUUUAUGGAUUGGUCAACAACCACAGUAGAUCCGGAGUUGCCGCCGAUCCCAUCCACCUGUGAUAAGGAUGUCGUUGGAGAAUUCAUAGAUCAGCUGGAUCUGGUCAAGUACAUUAACAGCCUAACGGCUGUUCGGAAAUUGCGCGACUAUUUAUUGAAUGCCUUUAAAGACUUGGUCAACCAGGAAAGAGCUACUCUCGAGAGGCUAGAUCAAGAAAGACGUACUCAAAAGGCGGUACAGAUACGCGAGACAGCUGCCAUGAUGGACCGCUUUAUAGACGAAAUCAGCCGAUUGCUAGGCGAAAAUGAUCACGAAGAGACAAUGGAAAGAAAUGUAAACGGAGAGUCUCAGAACUUGAGUAUGGAUUGGGAUGCACAUGUUGCGCAAUUGGAGAUUACUCCACCACAGUUUGUUGUACCCCGACCAUCCGGAAUUGGGGCGAGACCAAGACCAAGAAGGGUAGGAGAAACAGAGAUUUUGCCUGCACCUCAAAUGCUACAAAAUUUUGUAGAUCAUUAUUCCAAUACUCGUCGGUUGUACGAUGUUAAUCAAGGUGCUAUACUAGAAGAUUCUAUUGAAAUAGUAAAUGAUGAACGCCCUGAAAUCGAUCAAGUAGUGCCCUCUUCCACCUAUGGUUCGUCAAGAUUCCGUCACUGGUUAAGUGAGGAUUACGUCGCACGCCAUGAAAUAAGAAAACUAAAUUUUGGUUUACCGAAUAAUAUGUUUCAGAGGUUGCCCUGGCCAGAUGCCCCAAAGCCAGUUUGGCCGGGUUGCAACCUGUCUGAAAACCCCAUCUGUACUUUUGUCGUAGUGCGUAGGACAAUUAUAAAACGGACUGAUACAACUGGUGACCACAGAGGAGACAACUCUAGUAUCUUGCAAGUUAGCAGUGUGGUAAACUUGGCACGUCAUCAGAGAUCCCAAAAUCAGGAAACGCCAAGAUUAGGUUUUGGCAGUCGUUACGAUGGGACCCCUGGGUCCGCAUCUGGGGCCCCUGAGACAGCAGCGGUGCGUGCUUCGAGCACACCACUUGGACAGAACAGCGAUCCAGGCUUGUCAUUUAUACCCAAUCUGACCUAUGACGAUGGGACCAUUCAACUGUUGGUACCAGGAAGAGCAGAAUCGACGCCACUGGGCCCCUCACUGCCAGGAGAACAUCCACUAGGAUUAGAAAUGGAGAGCGGUACUUUGGCGCUACCAGGAGAUGAUGAUGAAACAGCCGUUGUCGGACUUGCUGGGCCUUCAAUAGUGCGUUCUAGACUUGGAGGUACCCCAUCAUCGACUCCUUUUUUAUCUUUUCGACCAAGACUACCGGUCAUCGACGAGGAGCAUCAACGUCGUUUGACCUUAGUGUCACGUGAACUGCAGAUGAGCGUUUCAUUGCAAGCGGAUGAGCCGGUAAUGACGGCGGUACCGGAAGAAUCCCAGACAGCUGUACAGCCGGUGACUCCACCAUUGACCCCGCGCCGUGAGUGGUCUUCAGUUUUCCGAGCGCGAGAUCAUAUUGUUAAUUAUGCCGAAGGACCAGCUCCCAGGGACCCACUAAGGUUCAGACGUCCUUCUCGUCCCCGGGUGCGUGCUCCACGACCAGCAUUAGUUUCGACUCCUCCACCAACACCAGAACAACUUAUACAACGAGAAGAAGUACUGCAAAGCGAUCGGCAUAUUGCAACCACUUUUAUGUCCAACUUGCUACAAAACGCUUCGACAGUAAUUGAAGCUUCACAACUGGUAGUCGGCCUUUCACAGGUAGAUGUAUUGGCCUCAAUUCCCAUCGCCAGUCCAGCAUUGCGCCAAAUACAACCAACUACAGAAGCGAUCAACUCUACUGAAGUUUCCCAGGCUUCUACCAGUUUUUCCUACUCAGGGGCUUGUAUGGAAUCGACAGCUUUCUUGCCUGACCGUGCAGGAGGUCCAUUAGGAAUUUCUGCCAAUACACAAGACCAGCAAGCUCCGUUCGACUCUAAUGCUACUGCAUCAUUACCACCCAUUAGUUCUACUUUGAUCGUCAAGGACAAAAAUGUGCAAAAAAAAGGAACUUCAUAUAUUAAUGAAAUUAGACCCGAAAUUAUGGACUGCUCAAAUGGGAUGAAUGUUUCGGUACCACCUAUUCCAAUGGAAGUUGAUGAAGCUCCUAUGGAGGUUUCGAACACUUUGGCUAAUAUGAGUGCUCAUGCUUAUGUGACUGAUGUGCAGAUACUGCCGACGUUGCAAAUUCAUUCAUUAAAUGUUGCCAGUCAAAGUGAAUGCCGAAAGGAGGUAGAUUUUGGAAUGAACUCAACUGAUGGUGUUCAAACGACAAGAGAAGGUAGAAGAACACUACAUCCAUUACAUAGGGUGUCAGUAGACGAUUUGGCUUACAUUUCGAGACAUGCUGAUAUGCUGCGCCUAAUGGUAGAUCGCCAAAAGGAACUCACUAUGCACGGCAAGUCCCAACUGCUUUUAAGUAAAAAUAGCCAAGGCACUUCAAAGUAUUAUACUAUGCCCGCUGUUAAGGUCUACGAUCCAAAGGUUCUUCUGAAUAUGGAUAAGAACAAGAUUCGCGUUGUUCAUGGCCUGUUUGGAGCGCUUGUGCGACAGCCCCAGGUUGACAUACAGAAUACAUCGUUUAUUACGAAUCGUAAAGACGCCACUAUGGUAUAUAGUGUUUUACUUGAACUUAAAACUGCUCACAUUAUAAAUCUUAGCCCCGAUGGUAGAUUUUUUCCCUUCGGUAAAAAAAUCGAAAAAGAUUUUAUUAAUACCUUUUAAACGGUUUUUGUAUUUUAGG